AUGACCACGCUGGCCGGAGCCGUGCCCAGGAUGAUGCGGCCGGGCCCGGGGCAGAACUACCCGCGCAGCGGCUUCCCCCUGGAAGUGUCCACUCCCCUGGGCCAGGGCCGCGUCAACCAGCUCGGUGGCGUGUUUAUCAACGGCAGGCCGCUCCCCAACCACAUCCGCCACAAGAUCGUCGAGAUGGCCCACCACGGAAUCCGGCCCUGCGUCAUCUCCCGCCAGCUGCGCGUGUCCCACGGCUGCGUCUCGAAGAUCCUGUGCAGGUAUCAGGAGACCGGCUCCAUCCGCCCCGGGGCCAUUGGAGGCAGCAAACCCAAGCAGGUGACAACGCCUGACGUGGAGAAGAAAAUUGAGGAAUACAAAAGAGAGAACCCGGGCAUGUUCAGCUGGGAAAUUCGAGACAAAUUACUCAAGGACGCCGUCUGUGAUCGGAACACUGUGCCCUCAGUGAGUUCCAUCAGCCGCAUCCUGAGGAGUAAAUUCGGCAAAGGCGAGGAGGAGGAGGCUGACCUGGAGAGGAAGGAGGCAGAGGAGAGCGAGAAGAAGGCGAAACACAGCAUCGACGGCAUCCUGAGCGAGCGAGCCUCAGCACCCCAGUCGGAUGAAGGCUCCGACAUUGACUCUGAACCGGAUUUGCCCCUGAAGAGAAAGCAGCGCAGGAGCCGAACGACCUUCACAGCAGAACAGCUCGAAGAACUGGAACGAGCCUUCGAGAGGACCCACUACCCUGACAUUUAUACCAGGGAGGAGCUGGCGCAGAGGGCGAAGCUCACAGAGGCCCGAGUGCAGGUUUGGUUUAGCAACCGCCGUGCGAGAUGGAGGAAGCAAGCUGGGGCCAAUCAACUGAUGGCUUUCAACCAUCUCAUUCCGGGGGGAUUCCCUCCCACUGCCAUGCCGACUCUGCCAACGUACCAGCUGUCGGAGACGUCUUACCAGCCCACCGCUAUUCCACAAGCCGUGUCGGAUCCCAGCAGCACGGUGCACAGACCUCAGCCGCUUCCUCCGAGCACAGUACACCAAAGCACUAUUCCUUCGAACCCAGACAGCAGCUCUGCCUACUGCCUCCCCAGCACCAGGCAUGGAUUUUCCAGCUAUACAGACAGCUUUGUGCCUCCGUCUGGGCCCUCCAACCCCAUGAACCCCGCCAUUGGCAAUGGCCUUUCACCUCAGGUAAUGGGACUGCUGACCAACCACGGUGGUGUACCCCACCAGCCCCAGACCGAUUAUGCUCUCUCCCCGCUCACCGGGGGGCUGGAACCUACCACCACCGUGUCGGCCAGCUGCAGCCAGAGACUAGACCACAUGAAGAGCUUGGACAGUCUGCCCACCUCUCAGUCCUACUGCCCACCCACCUAUAGCACCACGGGCUACAGUAUGGACCCCGUCACCGGCUACCAAUACGGGCAGUAUGGACAAAGUGCCUUUCAUUAUCUCAAGCCAGAUAUCGCAUAA